AUGGCAUUUUACAGUCGCAACCACAGCCAACUAUCCGCGGAUCAGCUUCGCCACUCCGACUCUGACUCCGACUCCCGCUACCACCACGGAUGGGCUGGCUCGUCCUCCUCAAGCUACUACAACGAGCCAACGACAUCUGAUCCUCGCUAUCAUGCCUUUGGUAGCUACUAUGCCAGCAAGUCAGCCUCAAACUGCAACCACUCCUACAGGCCUGGGGACUACAAUGAGUCUCAGCAAUCAGAGGACCAUCAGCACAUGUGGCAGUCCCAAGAUCACAGUGGCGCACCGCCCUCCUCCUCAUCAGUGGCCACUUCAAGUCCUCCCAACCUACAAGAUGACUCCUACGGCUGGGUGAACUCGGCCGAUGGCAGUGAGCCAAAUCUGUGCCACUGCGGCAAGACAUUCCGACGUCCGUCUGACCUCGCAAAGCACCAAAAGUAUCACAUGAAGUACUUCUCAUGUCUAGCCUCAGGGUGUGACAAGUCUUUUGCUACUCAGAAAGACCUGAUCAGGCACACGCGCACACAUCGCAAAGGCGAGGGCUACCAAUGCAAGGUAGAAGGGUGCCGCAAGGCCAUGUCAGGCCAUGUCUACUCACGGAAAGACAACUUCGAUCGACAUAUGCGGACGGCACAUCCAGAUCACCCACAAAUCUGA